AUGGCCGCGGGUGUGAUCUGGCCUCUCUGUGACUUCCGGCUGCCUCUGCCAUACCAUGGGCCCUUCCUGCCCUCAGACCUGGAGCCCCCAGAUUCUUCGGAGGAGGAGGAGGAGGAGGAUGGGGAAGAGGAACUGGAGGUCGAGGGGCCAGAGGGCCACAGCCCGGCCCCCCAGAACUCAGGUUGGGCCCCAGAAGUGGCCCCUCUGGACCCCGGUGGCCCAGAGACGCCGCUGCAGCUCCUGCGGUUCUCUGAGCUCAUCAGUGGCGACAUCCAGCGGUACUUCGGCCACAAGGACCGGGGGCAGGACCCCGACGCCUGCGACAUCUACGCCGAUGGCCACACGGCCAGCAACUCAGCCAGGGAGCUCUCCUGCGCCAACCUUGUGCGCCUGGCCCAGGGCGAGGCCCCAGAAAAUGAGGCCACUGAGCCCGGGGUCUGCUCCCCUGGGGCCCCCGAGGGGCAGGCGUGCGGGCCGGGCCUCGGUGGGGAAGGGCUGCAGCCGCUGGGACCCCUGGCCGAGCUCUUCGACUACGGGCUGCGGCAGUACUUGGGACCCAGGGCCGCGGCCGGCCGCCGACUCAGGCUGGAGCAGAAGUACGGCCACAUCACCCCCAUGACCCAAAGGAAGCUUCCCCCCUCCUUCUGGAAGGAGCCGGCACCCAGCCCCCUGGGUCUGCUGCACCCCGGCACGCCUGACUUCAGCGACCUGCUGGCCAGCUGGUCAGCAGAGGCCGGCCCCGAGCUGCUGGGCUGGGGGGGCCAGGCCCUGGAGGGGGUGCAGCUGGCCGAGGCCUAG